AUGUGCAGAGGGCUAGCGUACUCGACAAGACAAGCCGCAGCAGAAAAUGAACCACUUAAACCAAAACCUAAAGCGAGCACCCCACUUCGGAGGACAGCCGCCGCGUCGCUACCCAUUCGGUCCAAUCCAACUCCUACUCGCAGUGACAUCCGACCUGUCUUCACGCUUGCGACCGCGGAGCGUUACUUGUUCCAGAAUUUGCGACAGCAUCUGCCAUCGACUGCCAAAUUGCUACACGACGCGUGGUGGGUACCCAAAUGGGAAGAGGAUAAUCAAGAGGGUGAGAUAUUCAUAUUCGCCAACGGGAGCUUCGUGUGCUGGGGGCUUGGAGAGGACCAGGCAAAAAAGUUUGCUUGGAAGGUUAUAACGCAAUCAAAAGCGGAGGUCGCGCCGCUGAAGGAGCCGGAGACAGAAGAUCUGGAGUUUGUGACUGAUUCUGAAGAGAAUACACGUCUGCAGGGAGACUUGAUUAUUCUCGGUCAGACUCCGCCGUUCAACUCGGAGUACACAGUACCGAGCGACCUACCCACUCCUGCGCUGCCUCGCGAAACGCUGUUAGCCCGUUACGCCUUCUCCCAGGCUUUAUCUCGCUCUACUGCUCUUUCUGCACUCGAAGUCUUGCUGGACAACUAUUUGUCAUCUGUCGCUCUGCUUCCGGAUACUCUCCAACGGACCGGGAAGCCUGGCCUUAGUCGCAAGGCACUGGUGAAGAAGCUGGGAGCGCUGCUCAAGUUCCGACAGGGUCUAAAUCUUAAUCGGGAGAACUUCUCUGAUACACCAGACUUGUAUUGGGCUGAGCCUGUGCUCGAAAGCUACUUUAACUCUCUGAGCAAUGCCCUCGAGAUCAGGUCCCGAACUAGUGCAGUUAAUGACAAAAUUACAUAUGCUGCGGAGAUGCAAUCGGUCUUGCGAGAACUCCUGACGGAGACCUCAGCGCAUCGUAUGGAGCUUAUCAUCAUAGUCCUUAUUGCCGUUGAGGUCGUCAUUUGCAUCAUCCGCGAUGGGCCCGAAUUGUGGCAGAUGAUCGCGGACGAGGAGGAGACUGAGAACAAAUCCAGUGAGAAAGCGUAUGAGUGA